GGAAGCCUUAUUUCUUAAACAAAUAAAGAAAUAAUUAAAGAUGGCAACAUAACAUCGUGAUGGUAUUACGGUGUUAUUGACAAAUAAAGGGAGGAUUGUCUACGGGAUGUAGCAGAAAACGAGAAUGAAAUGACGUGGUUGAACGUGCACGAUCCUCGUGAAAUCGCUAAGCAUAUAAAUUCUAGAAAUGCGAAGUUUUUGGCUUUAUUUAUUGUCACUGGUUUCAUAGCUUAUCAUGGUAUACUUCAUUUGACAUCAGGGAUAGAUUCCUGUAAAUGGCUGCUUAGUGAUGGCCGUUUCCAAGGGUUCAGUGUUUGGCAACCAUAUGGAUGUAUGAUGCACUCCUAUUCCUCUGGGGAUUCCCGCAUGUGUUUACAAUACAUAGCUUACUGGGGUGGAAAAACAUAUAUUGUAUUUAUUGGAGAUUCUAGAGUUCGUCAACUAUUUUAUAGUUUCGUGUCACUGAUUGAUCCAAAGUAUGUGGUUGAAAAUAAAUAUGUGCAUCAUGACUUACAGUUUAGUGAUGAAGAAUUAAAAGUUAAUGUUGAAUUUAUCUGGAGCCCCAUGGUAAAUGAAACAAUGUACGAUAUUUAUAAGCCUUGGCAAGAGGAUUUCAGUACUCGACCCUCUUUGAUUGUUACAGGAAGUGGUCUGUGGGCUAUUAAAUUAAGUAAUGCUAGUAUAGAUAUGUUUUAUGGUUAUGAAAGAAAUUUAACAUAUUUAGUUCCAAUCCUUAAUAGUUUAACACCUGCUACAAAAAUUCUUUGGGUUUUACAAGAUCCUGUACAAACAGAAAAGCUCGAUCCUUCUAAAAAGAUGAUCACAAAUGAACAAAUUGACAUGUACAAUAAAGCUGCUAUGGAUGUAUUGCAUGGCAGUAAAGUUUUAAUUUGGAGCUCUUCACGUUUAGUGAGUCAAGUCCUUUAUCAAGACCAGGUUGAUGGUUUGCAUAUGGGCAAGAAUGCUCUAAACUAUGCAAUUCAAAUACUUCUUAAUAUGUAUUGUAAUGAUCACAUGAAUUACAAUGAUGGUACUUGUUGUAGUAGUCCUGAGCCCAUCACUGUGCUACAACUUAUUACUUUUUCUUUUCUUGGUGUUAGCUGUUGUAUAGCUUUAGCCAUGGUGGUUCAUUAUAGAUGGAUUUACAGAAAAAUUGUUCCUGCCAAUGAUCAAAUUUUACCCAGCCAAGUUGGCAAUGGAAGCCAAGAAACUACUCUCUUUGAAUUAUGCACAGCUCUUGGUCGUUUAGGAAUUGUGAUGUCCUACUUUUUUCUAUGUGACAGGACUAAUUUUUUCAUGAAAGAAAACAAGUAUUUCUCAUAUACUAACUUUUUCCUUCCAUUGGGAUAUCUCUUUGUUCUCGGAAUAUUUUUUACUGAAGAAAGCCAAUAUACUCAAGUUCUUCAUCGUGAUCAAACAAAUGAAUGGAAGGGAUGGAUGCAACUUCUUAUUUUAAUUUACCAUAUGACAGGUGCUAGCAGAGUUUUACCGAUAUAUAUGCAUAUACGAGUUCUUGUGACUUCUUACCUCUUCCUCAGUGGAUAUGGCCACUUUACUUAUUUUUAUCAAUAUGGAGACUUCGGGUUUUAUAGAUUAUGGCAGGUCUUGUUCCGCCUUAACUUCCUUGUAGUUGUGCUUUGCCUAUGCAUGAACCGUCCUUAUCAAUUCUACUACUUUGUGCCUUUAGUGUCUUUUUGGUUUGUUGUAAUGUUUAUUACUGUCAAGUCUGUACCUCAAGUCACUGCUCCUGCUGCCGAAGCAAAUCCUCUUCUUUACUUCUACAUGGUUUUAAAGUUUGUUGCUCUGUUUGGUAUCGUCACAGUCCUGUAUAUGUCUGAAGUUUUCUUUGAAAAAAUAUUUGUUACACGCCCUUGGAAAGCUUUGUUUGUAACAACUGAUGACUCCAUUAAGGAAUGGUGGUUUAGAUGGAAAAUUGAUCGUUAUAGCGUUGCUGCUGGAAUGUUAUUUGCAUUUGGUCUACAUUCUUUGAAACAAAACCAUAUAAUUGAUGACAAAAACCGUGGAAACCUGUUUUCGAGAGGCAUUUCUUUGUCAGCUGCUUCUGCAGCACUCCUUGGCAUUUCAAUUUAUGCCAUGUUUGCUUUUCUUUGCCGAAACAAAAUGGAAUGUAAUGAAAUUCACCCUUACAUAUCAUUUGUACCUAUACUAUCUUAUCUCACUUUAAGAAAUGUUGGCGGCUACUUGCGUACAAAAUACAGUACGUUUUUUGCCUGGUUUGGAAAUAUUUCCCUUGAAUUAUUCAUUGCCCAAUAUCACAUAUGGCUCUCUGCUGACACACAUGGAAUUUUAGUGUUAGUUCCUGGGUACCCUGUAUUGAAUGCUUUAGUAACAUCUUUUAUUUUUGUUUGUGUAGCUCAUGAAAUCCAUUGUUUAACUGACAUUUUAGUGAAAUAUGCUGUGCCUAAUGACUGGAAAUAUUUAACUAGAAAUGUAACUUUUUUUUGUUUACUUCUUGUACCUAUAGGAAUACAUGAUGGAAUGUUUUAGUGAGCUUAAUAUUCCAUUCUUCUACCAUCGGACUUUCAUACAUUUAUAAGAACUCAAUGUUCCUCAUU